AGGAAGAGGGAAGCGGGCCGGGGGCGGUCACAGAGGGCGGGUAUACGGCCGUCCCCGCGCGGCCCUUUCAUUGCGUGUAAAAUCCUCCGGCAGAAAAAAGGGAGGCGAAGCCUGCUUUUACGGAUGAAGCGGUUCAGGAUUUGCUGUACAGGAUGACGGGGCUGAACCUGCAGAAGGUUUUCCGUCCGGUUCGGCAGGAGCUGAAGCCGCCCAAGUACCGGCUGCUGACAGAGGCUCAGCUGCAGGAGGCCACGAGAAAAGCCAUUGAGGAGGCCAAAGAAAAGCUGAGAAUGCCGCCAGUGCUGGACGAACGAGAGCCCAUUGAUGAUGUGUUAGCAGACGACAAAGUCCUCGAGGGAACUGAAACUGCGAAAUACGUGUUUACAGAUUUAACUUAUGCCACUCCGCAUCGUGAACGUUUCAUUGUCGUUAGAGAACCAAACGGUGUAUUACGUAAGGCAACCUGGGAAGAGCGAGACCGCAUGAUACAGAUCUUCUUCCCCAAAGAAGGGCGCAGAGUUACUCCCCCAGUGUUAUUUAAGGACGAACACCUCGGGACUGUGUUUCAGCAAGACCGUCAUGAAGAUAUCCUUAACAUGUGCAUUGCUCAGUUUGAGCCAGAUUCAGCUGACUAUAUCAGAGUUCAUCAUCGAACAUAUGAUGACAUUGAGAAACAUGCGAAAUACGAUCUGCUCCGCUCAACAAGGCACUUUGGAGGCAUGGUGUGGUACCUGGUAAACAGAAAGAAAACGGAUGGCUUGCUGAUAGAUAUGAUCAACAGAGACUUGCUGGAUGAUGCCACAAGUUUAAUCACACUGUAUCACAUGCUUCAUCCAGAAUGUCAGUCAGCAAAAGAAGCCAAAGAAGGGAAACUUCAUGGAAUUGAUCUGAUCAAGGUCUUUGUGAAAACUGAAUCACAGAAAGAAGGCUAUAUACAAUUGGCCCUCCAGGCAUACCAAGAAGCAAUGGCUACGUCUACAGCUUCAUGAAAUAAACAAUUCUUUAUCAUUA